CACACACACACACACACACACACACACACACACACACACACACACACACACACACACACAGCUCAGUGUGAAGGAGGCUCGCGACCAACGGUUACCACUUAACGCCAACGCACUACCGUUAACCGGAGAACUACAGAAGCUUCCGGAGCUAACGGCCGACGUAAAGCGUCCUAUGAUGGAGGAGCUUCAUGACGUCCAGCUGACUGAGAUCAAACCUCUCCUGACGGGACAGAACGGGAGAAAUCUGCAGGACUUUGACUGUCAGGAGCACGAUGUGGAGACGGCCUACGGCGUGCUGCACGUUACCAUGAGGGGCGUUGCUAAGGGCAACCGACCCACGAUCCUCACCUACCAUGACGUCGGACUCAACCAUAAGUCUUGCUUUAACAGCCUGUUUAACUACGAGGACAUGCAGGAAGUGACACAGCAUUUCUCAGUACUGCAUGUUGACGCUCCAGGACAGCAGGAGAACGCUCCUGUAUUCCCCACCGGGUACCAGUACCCCUCCAUGGAUGAGCUGGCUGAGAUGCUGCCGUCUGUCCUGACUCAGCUUCAAGUGAAGAGUGUGAUUGGUAUCGGCGUUGGAGCUGGAGCUUACAUCCUCACCAAACUGGCGCUGAAUGAGCCGGCUCUGGUGGAGGCUUUAGUUCUCAUCAACAUCGACCCCUGUGCUAAAGGCUGGGUGGACUGGGCUGCUUCUAAGCUGAGCGGCUGGACCAGCAACCUGGUGGACACCAUCAUGGGACACCACUUCAGCGCUGACGAGUUGACAGACAACAUGGAGAUCGUCCAGACCUACAGGCUCCACAUCUCUCAGGAUGUCCCUCAGGACAACUUGGCCAUGUUCUACAACAGCUACGACAGUCGUACUGAGUUGCAGAUAGAGCGUCCUCUCCCUGGUCUGAAUGAAAACUCAGUCAACACCCUCAGGUGUCCCGCUCUGCUGGUGGUUGGAGACACGUCGCCUGCUGUUGAUGUCGUGGUGGAGUGUAACUCCAGACUGAACCCCACCAAGACCACCCUGCUCAAGAUGGCUGACUGUGGAGGACUUCCUCAGGUGGUGCAGCCGGGGAAACUGGCCGAGGCCUUCAAGUAUUUUGUCCAGGGGAUGAGCUACAUCCCUCAUGUUGUGUUAAACCACCUGAGCAGCCAAUCAGUGCCCACAGUUGGUAUGACCCGGCUGGUCCGCUCCAGGACCCACUCGGCCUCCAGCGUGGGCUCCACGGACGGCGUGCGGAGCCGCAGUUCCACCAACGCGCUGCCAGAGGGCGCUCUCUCCACCAGCACGCCACUCACAGCCGCCGCCGGACGCACCAUCCAAAUGACGGCGUAGGAACGCUCCGCUCUGGUUCUUCUGGUCCCUCUCUCCUUCUCUCCUCUCUCCUUCUCUCCUCUCUCCUUCUCCCUCUCUCCUUCUCUCUCCUCUCUCAGAGGCUGAGUGAACUCUCCUCCGUCUCUCCACAGUAACUGUCGUAGUUGUAAACGUUCUUCCCAAAGAUUUAACAUCGCACCUGAUCUAAAGUAGAGAAACAGCUUCAGGCUGCCGUCAGGAUCCCUGAUCUAAGUCCUGAUCGGAUCCUGUGUCUGAUUGGAUCUCAUGUCUGAUUGGAUCCCAGUCGGGUUAGUUUAUUUCGGAUAUAAAGCAACUAAAGCGUUGAAAGCGUUAGUUUCUCACCGUGCGUCUCUGCAGCUGGUUCAUAUUUACAGUUGUUGUAUUUCUCUUUUUAUUAUUACUCUUUAUUAUAAUCUUAUUCUGUUAGGACUGUUGUUGACGGACUGUUGUUGAUAAGAAGCUGAAGUGACAGAAAGUGUAGAUGAACAGCUGUUAUUUAAGAGUAUACGUCGGGCAUUCUCAUUGGAGGAAGCAGACUUCAGGGCUCCAAUCAGAGAAGAGCUGUGCAGUUAUUGGCUCGUUGUCUCCUCGUCCUCUGCUGUCUGUUGGUCGCCUCCAGAUUAGAUCGUGAAUCUUCACUGAUCUCCCGAUUCGAUAUCUCGAUGCAUCUCGAUGCGUCAAAUCCAUGUUUCCAUUAAAGCCAUGUAGGAUAUUUAAUUCAUAGCUUUUCAAGCUUCAACAACCAAACAUUCUGCAGAGCUCUGAUAAUAAACUGGAUAUUAAACUACAGCACUGAGCACAGGGCACUUCCUGAAUGUGAAUGUGUCCUGAAAACAUCCCAGAAUAUGUCAACAGAAAGGUUGUUAGGCCUACAUUAAACUGUAAACAGAAAUAAUGGAUUAUGGCGCGGCCGAUUAUUGAUGCAGCAUCGUCCACGAUUCCAUGCAUCCUUAUUUGAUUAAUUUCAGCAGCUGUACUCCAGAUGGAGCUGAACCACAGCAGCAGCUUCAGAGGGAACGGACACGAGCCGACAGAAAGGACCGACAGCGGUCUCUGUCCUCGCGGCUCCUAGCUCCGUUCUAAAGUUUUGAUACCUCAACUCAAUACCACUUCCUGAAAGAUACUUUUUUUCAAUUCAAUUUUAUAAAAAUCCAUUUUAACACAAAAAGAAAGUAAACAUUAGACAUGACGGUACAAAUCUCUUCUCCCAGCUGCUUCCAGUGGCCUGAGAGAGAAACCUAAAGGUCGCCGUGGCCCCAAACUAGAUUAGAUGUCUGCUAUCAGUCUAAUGUCUCUUCAGUUAGUCGCCCACAGAGGAAACGUUUCCUCCACGGAAAACCUGAAGAAGCUCCAGAAGUUCCUCUGUGAACGUCAGAGUCAGUGUCUGAGGUUUCAGGCUCCAGAGGGAGCGGCCUCUAACAGCUCCCUAGGCCGGGGGUCCUGCAGGCGAGCGGUCGCCUCGCGUGUUCCUCUCGGUUUCUGCACAUGAUAUGAAUCUAUAUUUACGGAGCUGUUCCUGAAGCGUCAGCAGCAUGCGCUCUGUGCCAUGAAAUCAGUUCAACACCUUCACGUGACGUCACGUACACGUUAGAAAUAAAGUUAGUCUUGUUGCUGUUUGUUUGUUUCCGGACUGAAAGCUGCCAGCGGCGUUGAUUAUUCAUUAUUAAUUACUCAUUAUUAAAUAUUCUCUGACUGUAAACACUCGUCUGGCUUCGGUGAAAUUAAUUUUGAUGAAUUGCACUUUAACGGUUGCUGUGUUAGACAAGACAAAGUGUGUUAGUGGCGCCAGCAGUCCUGGUCCUGUACGCAGCGGUCCUACUGUAUGUUCCAUGGUGUGAUCUCUGUCCUAGUUGUGACUGAUGUGGAAGUCUUCUCUGCUCUUACUUAACCGCACAGUGGGACAACUUUACUGUUCUCACAGAGACACACACUCUGUGUGUCUGUGUGUGUAUGUAUGUGUGUGUAUACUAUGGACCAGAAGGCUGCCCAACAGGAAGUGAGUCCUGGGAUUAGUUUGCAGCGUCACGGUGACUCUCGUUAGGGGCUCUGUGGCAUUGAAACGUUUCCUGGAAACAAAGAGCUGUUGAGACGUGCAUCUCUGUUCUGUUAUUCUCCUCUGACUGCUCUUAAUAUGAAUAUUUAUUACUUCUUACUGCUGAGAUUUGUACUGCAGCGUUCUGUAGCUGUUCUGUUUCUUAAAGUUUGAUGUUAUCACUUUAAUGUAAGCCAGUUUGUAAUGAAAUAAAGCUUGUUAUCCAAA